AAUCAGGGUGCCGAGAAGGGCCGCGGAGGCUAUAAAGGGCGGCCGGCGGAGCGAUGCGGGAGGGCGCGGCCGGCGGCGGUGUGAGGGCGGUGCAAGAUGGCGGAGGGUGACAACAACAGCGUCUACCAGCUGGCUUCAGAAACUGCUAGCUUGGAAGAGCAGUUGCAAGGAUGGGGAGAAGUGAUUUUGCUGACUGAUAAAGUUCUUCGCUGGGAGAGAGCCUGGUUUCCUCUGGCGCUGAUGAGUGUUGUUUCCUUUUCUUUUCUAAUGAUCUACUACUUGGACCCAUCAGUUCUUUCAGGCGUCUCCUGUUUCGUUAUGUUCCUCUGUUUGGCUGAUUAUCUUGUUCCUGCUCUUGCACCUAGAAUCUUUGGCUCUAAUAAAUGGACUACAGAACAGCAGCAAAGAUUUCAUGAGAUUUGCAGCAACUUGGUAAAAUCUCGUCGCCGAAUUGUUGGCUGGUGGAAACGUCUCUUCACACUGAAGGAAGAGAAGCCUAAAAUGUACUUCAUGACCAUGCUUUUCUCUCUUGCGGUGGUUGCCUGGAUUGGACAGCAAGUUCACAAUCUCUUUCUGACCUAUCUUAUUGUAAGUUUCUUGCUGCUGUUUCCUGGACUAAACCAGCACGGGAUCAUUACAAAGUAUGUUGGAAUGGCGAAAAGGGAGAUAAACAAACUUCUCAAGCACAAGGAAAAGAAAAAUGAAUGAAGACUUAACUGCUGUUCACUCCUGUAAAAGGUUUCCUUGGGAACAGUUUUGAGAAUUAACAUAUAAUUAAGAUGAUAGAAGUUGUAUCGCUCACUGGCUUUUUUUUUUUUAUUGGCUCCCUGAUGAAGUGAAAAUGUCACUCUAGCAACUGCUGUGGGUUUGUGUCUCUGGCUGUGCUUGACUAAGGUUCUGCAGCUGAUCUUAGAGGGAAGAUGCUGAGCUUAGAGGGAAGAUCCUGACCUUUGGUGUACGGCGCUUAUUAAGUGUCUUCGCCAAACUAAGAGGCCCUGUAAAUAAAUACCCCGACUCAAGGAACAGCAGAAUUGUAAUGCGUGAUAGCAUUUCUGUAACUGUGGUAGUUUCACUGAUCAUUAAUUUGUAGCUACAGCAAGUAUGAAAGGCAGUUCUGAAAGCUUACACUUCUUGGAGGCUUAUUACUACUGAUCCUUGCGGAAGGAGGACAAUUGGCUGAAUAAGAAUGAUCGUGGCUGAGGGUGCAUACCCGAAAUCGCUGCAGAAGGUGGUCCCAUUGUCUCACUGAAUCCAUUUGCUUUUUUUGGCUGCAUAUACCAGAUUAUCUGUUGACUAGGGGUCUGGAAUAUAUAAAGUUGUAGUUCAGUUAUUUAGCUGUAGCAUAAAUUUCAACUCAUUGCACUGAGACUGUAGAAAAUGAGUUAAGGUAUGUGUUACCUUAACAGCCGAUUGUUCUGAAAACUGCUGUUGUCGUGGAGCCAUGUAGCACGUUUGGUUUUAUGAAUGUUGUUGUCUGUAUACAAAAUCACCUUGAAUAUGCUAGAUUUGUCUCUGUAAAUAAGCCUGUCUGAAUUGUUUGUGCUUUUCUAUGACUUCUCCCUUCUUUUUUAAAAACUGAAUUUUUUUCUUUAAAAAGCUGAAACCUGUGUUAAUGCAUUUUAAAAGUUUACUGUUUUAAAAUGAACUUUCUUCAGUGUCUAUUGUAACUGUCGAAUAGGUAAAUACAGACUAAAGAGGAACUUCA